CGUUUAGACAUACCACUAGCUGUUCCGUCUCCUUUAUACAAUAUCUAUAGUAUAAUCAAAUAUUUUAAUUAGUAUAUCUAAAUUAAGUUGAUCGAAAACGAGCAAUUCGCUGAGCUUGUGAAACGUCAUAAGGUACUUAUAACAUCGUACAAAUGAAAGAAUGAAAACUGAGUAUAAGUAGUACUGCAUCAGUAAAGAAUAUGUAUGAAACAGACAUUUUAGACAAAAAAUGUAUAAAUUGAUGAUUAAUUAGAAGAUUAUUUUUUAGUUAGUUGGUCAUCAAUUAGGUUAUUCAUUCUGAAUAAUUGUAAAAAUUUAUUUUCUUAACAAAGUUGAAGUUGAUAAUCGAAUUCAUAAUUAUAAUUUAUAAUUAAAUGAUUGAUAAUUAAAUAAUGAUCGAAACAGAAUUCCAUAAUAGUCAUGUAAUUCUUGCCACUGGUAGUUAUGAUCAUACUAUUAAAAUUUGGCAAGCACAUACAGGGAUUUGUCAACGUAAUUUACAACAUGCUGAUUCUCAAGUUAAUUCUCUGGCAAUCACUCCGAAUAAAAACAUAAUCGCAGCAGCUGGUUAUCAGCACAUCAGAAUGUAUGAUUUAAAUUCUAACAGUACUAAUCCAAUCAUCAAUUAUGAAGGAGUUUCAAAAAAUAUUAGUGGACUUGGAUUUCAAGAAGAUGGAAAAUGGAUGUUUACUAGUGGAGAAGAUUGUUCGGCAAGAAUAUGGGAUUUAAGAUCUAGUACGUUUCAGUGUCAAAGAAUAUUUCAAGUAUCAGCUCCAGUUAAUAGUGUUGUUCUGCAUCCCAAUCAGGUAGAAUUAAUAGUUGGUGAUCAAAGUGGAGUGAUUCAUUUAUGGGAUCUUCGAUCAGAUCGUAAUGAACAACUUAUUCCUGAAUCAGAAACAUCAAUUCAAAGUAUUUCUAUCAAUACUGAUGGAACGUACAUGGCAGCUGUCAAUAAUAAAGGCCAUUGUUUUAUCUGGACCUUAAAUGGAAUUGUUGCAGAUUCUACAAAGUUGAACCCUCGUCACAAACUAAAAGCUCAUAAAGAAUAUGCCCUCAAAUGUAAAUUUAGUCCAGAUUCAACACUUUUGGUAACUACUUCAGCUGAUCAAUGUGCUAAAAUUUGGAGAACAACCGACUUUUCAGAAAUCAAAAUUCUUCAACAUGACACUAAGCGAUGGGUUUGGGAUGUAGCUUUUAGUGCUGAUUCGCAAUAUUUAUUCACAGGUUCGUCUGAUGGUUAUGCUAGAUUAUGGAAUAUAACAUCUGGGAAUUUGAAACGAGAAUAUCAGGGCCAUCAAAAGGUUGUGUCUGCGCUGGCAUUCAAAGAUGAAUUACUUUGCGAUUUAUAAUCAAUUUAUCUGGAAUUCAAACACAAACACACACAUAUAUAUAUAAAUGUGUGUAUAGAAGAAUAGGAUAUAUAUAUCUCAACUUUGGCUAUAGAUACGUUAGUGAUAAAUCACUCAUCUGCUAACUUCGCUCCUAAUUUAGUAAUGAAUAAUACAACUUCAUUUGUCAAUUAUAUUAAAAAUUACAAAUUUAAUAUACAUUAUACUUAAACUACUGAAUAUUCGUCAACAGAAGUUUUUAUUUAUAUAUAAAAAAUCUAACAUAUAUAUCGACACAAUAAAUAAUGUUUAGUUCAAAAAUCUUUCAUAAAAGAUAAUUUCAUACUUAUUUAAAUUCAAUACGAUUUCGUUAAAUAUUGCAAUA